UCAUGUACCGACGUCAGAAGAGCUGCACGCGGGAGUCAUUCAGCGUGAACUGUGUUUAUACAGUAACCAACUAUUUGCCCUAAUUCGCUGUUCUUUAUUUAUUGUUUGUGAUUCGCUUUUCGUCAGUUUGCAGGGUAGAAAUCAUUAAGACAGGUGAGAUGUUGAGCUCCAAGCUGCUGACCCUGGUGCUGGUGGUCCAGCCCGGCAGGGUGCUGCUGGGCAUGAAGAAGAGAGGAUUUGGGGUUGGGAAGUGGAACGGGUUUGGGGGCAAAGUUCAGCCUGGAGAAACCAUUGAAAAUGCUGCAAGGAGAGAACUGCAGGAAGAAAGCGGUCUCACGGUGGAUACUCUUGAGAAGGUCGGAAAUAUCAAAUUUGAGUUUGUCGGAGAAACACAGCUACUUGAUGUCCACAUUUUCAGAGCUGAUGCUUUUAAUGGAGACCCAACAGAGUCAGAUGAAAUGAGGCCUCAGUGGUUUGGAUGCGACCAGAUUCCUUUCAGUGAAAUGUGGGCUGAUGAUAUUCUGUGGUUUCCUUUGAUGCUCCAGAGGAAGAAAUUUGUUGGAUACUUUAAGUUCCAGGGUCACGACGUGAUCCUCAGCCACAAACUGGAAGAGGUGGACGAGCUCUGAGUGUUGCUGAUGCAGUUUAUGAACAGGACCAAAAAAUAUCCGCCUUAGAAAUUUUGACGUUACAUACCGAAGAUAUUCCCACUGUAAAAUGUUCCAGUUUCAUUUCCGAGGACUUUAAAGAAGCAUGUUAACUGUACGUGCAGGGUGUUUACAUGUAAAAUAACAUCAGGAUAAAACUUUUCCUUUGUAUUCAUUAUAAAUAUUGCUAGCUAAUAAUAUUUUGCAUUCACCUUACAUAAUACAUAAUAAUAAAAAAAAAUUGAAGCAGCACUAUACUGUAAAAAUAUUCAGUUCAGU